GACUACCAUAUCUAUUAAUAGCAUGUUAUGAAGCCAUGACUAGCUAACAAUGAUCGCAGCCUAGAUAUUGAACUAUGUUUAUGUUGUAUAACCACGACUCGUGUUAAUAAAACGCAGUACAUAUCAUCGUUUUGCUGAAUCAGUUGUUACAUAAGAUUAUACCAACAGACCGUCUGUCUGCUACGAUGAGCGGGGUGAAACAAUCAAACCCGGGGCUGGUAAUUUUGAUCAUACUGUCAACUCUAGUAUUUGCAGGGUUACAGGUUCUUAACUAUUUAGCAGCUGACCCAGCCAAUAGCUAUGGACUGUUUGAACAUGGUAUUGCAAAUGUAUCUGCCAUGUAUCCACUUGACGUCACCCCUGCUGGAGUAACCUUUGCUAUCUGGGGAGUUAUCUACGCAUGGCAAGCUUUGAUACUAAUUUACAGCCUUACUUCAUUAUGUCGCCAGACAACAGAGGGUCCCGUUUACUCCAAUCCCACUCUCCUACCCCCAGCUUUCUUUAUAGCUUACAUUGCUAACAAUGUCUCCAAUAUCACAUGGUUAUUCUUAUGGGAUAGACUUUAUCUUGUUGCAUCUUCCAUAUUUUUGUUUCUGAUUGCCUUUACACUUUAUGUGUGCAUGAUCAUAUCUUACGUGGUUCUGAAUAAGAAUAAAGAUGCCUUAGUUUGCAAAGGGAGACAGAUGGAGAUCUGGUUAAUCAUUUUUAUUGUACAAAACGGUCUUGCGAUAUACGCUACAUGGACCAGCAUUGCUUCCUUGAUCAAUUUGGGAACUGUCAUUGCAUACGCAACUGAUCCUCCCGUGGGUAGAGAAAUAGCUUCUAGCAUCGCCUUGGGACUCCUCACUGCCGAGUUUGUAGCAUUUGUUUCUACUGAUCUCUCAGUUCUAAACAAGUAUACAAGAUAUGUAUUUACUCCUUAUGUCGUCCUCAUUGUCGCCUGCGUGGGCAUCAUUGCCAAAAACUGGGAUCCCACCAAUCCCAAUUCCAUCUUUACUGUUGUCAUUUUGGGACUGUCGCUUAUAAGUUUUAUUGCAAAGAUUGUCAGAAUGGCUGUGGGCGGUUCCUAUUUCAAACAUAGAAUUGAAUCAACGUUACAGCACAAUUAUGAAGCCUUAAAGUAAUUCUAGAAUCUGUAUAGUGUACCAAGAAUUUCAUAGUAAAAGAUCUGUUAUACUAGUAUUAUUAUAUGCGAUUAUUUUAUGAAUAUUUUUUUGUAUAUAUCAAGCACAAUUGUUACACGUAUAAAUGAAUAAUUACAGUAUGGCUCUUUAGUAACAAAUAUCACAGCUUUCCAUUUUUCUAAUUAAUGAUUUACAAUAUCCAACCAUCAUGGUGCUUUUGGUGUAUUUUUAAGUUGCAUGUUUAUACCAUGUUGAUUUUUAUGAUAUAAAUAAUAUUGAAAGAAA